AUGGCAGAACAUGGAGAUGAGAUAGAAGCGCAGAUCAACGAGCCCAACGUCGAGGUCAAUGAUUUACCUCCCAUCAUCGUGCACUCUCCAGAUAAUCAACCAGCCCCAAUUGAAAGGGAAGAUUGGGCAAAUGCCGUGGAGGAUCCGCCACGUCCAAACCUGGACGAGAUAAAGAGGAGAGAGUCUGAGAUGCCAGACCCUCAACCCACAACGAGCAAAUCAACAGCCUUAUCACCAGGAAUUCUCAACCAGCUGGAAUUCUUGGAAGACAAGGUCAUGGAAUUCCACUGCAUUUAUGACGAAAUGAGGCAUAUGCAGGCCAUCAACACCAGCAUGGAGGAGCUCAACGGUCAGGAGACCUACCUGAAAGAGGCAUGGGUCGAUUUUGCCGAUCGAUCCCAGGCAAUCAUCGGCAACCUGCCCUCAGAACACAUCUAUAUGAAGGGCAAGGUAUUCCUCAAGACUGGGGAAAUUAAACGCGAGACCUUGAAGCUAAUUUGGAAGCUCAAGGGGCAACUCGCAACCCACGAGAGGAAAUCAACGGACCGCCCAACGACAACUCAACUGAAACGUAUCGACUUGCCAACGUUUCGAGGAAAAUUCUCACAGUGGAAGGAAUUUUCCGACCUCUUCCAGAACCUGGUGGGGAGGCGACUGGACAUGUCGCCAGCUGAGAAACUGGUGAGGCUGAAGGAAGCCCUCCAGGGACCACCAGCGGAACACAUCUCGUCUUUCACAGCUACCGACGCCAAUUAUGAGAAGGCGUGGGAGAAGCUGCAAAGACACUAUGAAAAUCCACGACUGAUUGCAGGGCAUCUCUUUAACAGGGUGCUCAACCUGCCAACGAUGGCCAAGGGAGAUGCCAAGGCCAUGAUCAACAACGCGCACAUCGCCAGAGAGACGGUAGAUCAGCUGAUCAGCACAGCUGGGAUACCAAAGGAAGAUUUGGGAGAGCAGUUUGUCUUCCACCUGCUCAAACGCUCCAUGGAGGCGGAUACACGCACCACAUGGGAGCAGAAAUUGGGUGCUUCAACGAACUUCGUGCCCUUACAGGAGCUAGUCAACUUCCUGGAGUCAACGGCCAGAGGCAUGACUCCAGACGAUCACCAGGAGUCACCCAAAAGAAAAGCGAAGCCAACGCCACAAGGGAAAUCAACGCCACGGGCACGUGUGUAUCAUGUGGCUGAGUCACCAGCACCUCAACGCACAGAAAGUCAACAAUCCAGACCUGCUGAUUGCUGUGCCUAUUGCAGGGAGAGACACUUCAUAGGGAAGUGCCCAGGAUUCCAAAACCUGCCUGCAUGGAAAAGGCUGGACUACAUCACAGGCAUGCGCUUGUGUUUCAACUGCUUCGGCACUCACACGGUGGCAAAAUGCAAGUGCAGCAAGGCUUGCCUUAAAUGCCACCAACGCCAUCACACGAUGCUGCAUCUGGACCAGGAGAGGAGUGAAGCCAGCACCUCGUCCAACAACGCUCCAGAGGCACCAACAACAAGGGAGGAAUCAGGCACACCCAACAGUACAUCAACACUCAACGCCAACGAAAACUCAACGGUUAAAGAAGCAUCAACGACAAUCAACUCAGAGGACACCAAGCUGUCCCACAAGUCAACGAAUAAAGAAUCGUCAACGCCAAUCAACGUCAGGGACAAUGAUCAGUCCCACCAAUCAACGGAUCAUCGACUAGUGCUCUUGGCUACUGCAAAAGCCAGGGCAUACUCCAACGGCGGAUUCUACACCAUCGCAAGAAUCCUCAUCGAUCAAGGCUCAGAGCUUUCAUUCAUUUCGGAAAGCCUGGUCCGUCAACUACAUGUUCAACGACGACACUCAACGAUUGAACUCAUCGGUAUUGGUGGACAGCACGCAUGCAAAACGAGAGGGAUUGUAACCAUCACUCUCCAAUCAACGAAAUCGCCAUAUCAACAUGUUGAGAUCAACGCCCACGUGCUGCAAAAAUUAACAACACGAUUGCCAACGUUUUCAUGCUCAUCUGCAUCCAUCGGAUCACUGCAGCAGCUUCAACUCGCAGAUGAGAGUUAUUCAACACCUGGACCAAUCAACAUCAUCAUCGGAGCUGACAACUAUGCGAAAAUCAUCGGUUAUGAAGUCAAGAAAUCCAACGACGAACAAUUAGUUGGCCAACUAACAACAUUCGGAUGGAUCAUAUCCGGUCCAUUAUGCAACAACGAGUGUUCAAGGAAGGUUUCCUUAUCCGCGGCAAGGGGAUCAUCCAACGAACAAUUAACGGAGCUUCUACAAAAAUUCUGGGUCCAGGAGGAACCACCAACACCAACAAAUGCAAUCAACGAGCUCACACCAGAGGAACGAGAGUGUGAAGAACACUUUCAACGAACACAUCAACGAGACUCAACUGGGCGCUAUAUUGUGCGUUUACCACUUCGCACAUCAACAGCAGCGCUCGGAGAAUCAAGGAGCACGGCGCUUCGUCAACUCCAUUCAAUAAGACGAAGAUUGAAUGCCAAUCCUGAAUACAGCAAGCUGUACAACGAUUUCAUCAACGAGUACGAAGCACUUGAUCACAUGCGACGUACAGACAACACUUCAGAACCAUCAACGACAUAUUACCUGCCACAUCACGGGGUUCUGAGAGAAGAUGCAAUAACCACGAAACUUCGAGUGGUUUUCAACGGCUCCAACAAGACAACUUCAGGUAUCUCACUCAACGACAUCCUCCACGCGGGCGGCAAGCUCCAGGUGGAUGCAAUGGAUGUUCUCACCUGGUUGAGAAGACAUCGAAUCGUAUUUGGCACUGACAUCGUGAAGAUGUUUAGGCAAAUCAACGUACACAAAAAUGACUGGGAUCUGCAACGUAUUCUGUGGAUGGAUGACAAUCAACAAUUGCUGACCUUUCAACUCACCACAGUAACAUACGGGCAGACAUGUUCCCCAUGGCUCUCUCUGAGAGUCCUUCAACAAUUAGUCAACGAUGAAGGUCAACGAUUCCCAGCAGCAGUUUCACCACUAACUAAAGGGCGCUACGUCGACGACAUUUAUGGUGGAGCUGACUCAGAGGAAGAAGUCAAAGAGAUCAUCAACCAACUUCAACGAAUCUGCCAUGCGGGCGGAUUUCCACUUCAGAAGUGGACCAGCAACCAACCAGAGAUACUUGAGCAACUCAACUUAUCAACGGAACAGGCAGGGUCAGUGCAAUUCGAAGAAGCAAUAGUAAAAACGCUUGGAUUGUGCUGGCAUCCAUCAACAGACUCGUUCAACUACAAGUCAAAGGUCUUCAACUCAACGACAUUCACCAAGAGGAUACUGCUGUCGGAAAUAGCUCAGAUUUUCGACCCUCUUGGAUUCAUCGCACCAGUCACCAUUCGAGGAAAAAUCUUAAUCCAAGAACUCUGGUUGCUUAAAUUGAAUUGGGACGACCAACUGCCAUCUGACUACGUACGACGGUGGAAAGAGUUCAGGGAAGAACUCACGCAACUCAACAAACUCACCAUACCUAGAUGGCUGAGUCUAACAACAACGAACACCAACGUACAAAUCCAUGGAUUUGCAGACGCAUCAACAGCUGCCAUGGGGGCAGUAGUUUAUCUACGAGUUCAACAAGAAAAUGAAAAACCAACAAUCAACCUGGUGUGUGCAAAGACACGAGUUGCACCACUGAAAAGAAUGACUAUUCCACGCCUAGAGCUCACCGCAGCCCUCCUGCUGACAAGAAUUGUCAGCUGGGCUCAACAAACAUUGGAACUCAACGUAGACACAUACCUGUGGUCUGAUUCAUCGGUCGCCUUGGCAUGGAUCAACAGCCAUCCAUCAAGAUGGAAGGAGUUCGUUCACAACAGAGUGACGAAAAUCCAGGAAGAAUUACCAACGGCAACUUGGAGACAUGUGAGUGGGAUUUACAACCCCGCGGACUGUGCUUCACGAGGCAUAUCAACGAACGAACUCAACGAACAUCACCUCUGGUGGAACGGGCCUGAAUGGCUGGCAAGACCGCCAUCAGCCUGGCCACAAACAUCAACUAGCAUACCAACGGAGGUGUCACUGGAAGAGAGACCAGCGUCAGCCCAUCCAGUCAUGGUGAACGGCAGACAACACCCGCUCAACGAGUUUCUCAACAGAUACUCAACACUAUCCAAGGUCCUACAAGUGACAGCAACGAUUAACAGAGCAAUACAACGACUUCGACGACAACCAACGCCAGAAACGCCAGUGCUAACAACGAGAGAACUCAACGAAGCGAGGAUUUUCUGGAACCUCAACGAGAACACUCAACUUCCUCGCCAACAUCCACUGGCCAAGCUGACGCCGAGAAUAGACGACCAAGGAAUUCUACGGCUGGGUGGACGACUGAAAAACUCAUUGCUCGACCCAGACGAAAUUCACCCAGUUAUAUUGCCAAGGAAGUCUCGGUUAACAACGCUGAUCAUCAACGAAGCUCAUCAGAAAACACUACAUGGAGGAGCGCAACUCACCAUGGCCUACAUCAGGCAACGAUACUGGAUCGUUGGAGGCAGAAAAUCAGUCCAGGCGUUUAUUCUACGCUGCGCUGUCUGCACCAGAUUCAGGGCAACACGAGCACAACAGCUGAUGGGUCAGCUCCCAACGCCGAGAGCAACACCUUCAAGACCAUUCCUGCAUACUGGAAUUGAUUAUGCAGGACCUCUUCCAAUUCUCAAGUGGAGACCAACGAACGCUCAACCAUCAACGGUCCAUAUUGCUGUUUUUGUUUGUUUUAGCACUUCAGCCGUUCAUCUCGAGCUGGUCAACAGACAAACAACGGACGCGUUCAUUGCUGCCUACAAACGAUUCACUGGAAGGCGAGGCAUUCCAGCUGUGAUGUACAGUGACAACGCCACAACGUUCGAGGGAGCAGCCAACGAGCUCAACAGACUGUACAAUCAACAGUCUCCCGAGAAUCAACAAAUCAGAGCAGCAUUGGCACACAACGGAACGCAGUGGAAAUUCAUCCCACCAAAAGCCCCUCACUUCGGAGGUAAGUGGGAAGCUGCGGUGAAAUCAACGAAGUAUCACCUACGACGAGUGCUGGGAACCACAACAUUAACUUAUGAAGAGUUAAAUACGGUCCUGGUGCAGAUCGAGGCCUGUCUCAACUCGAGGCCGAUUGUCCCGAUGACGGAUGACCCUGAUGACCUGCAGGUAUUAACACCAGGACACUUCCUCAUUGGAGAGCCUCUCCAACUCAUCCCGGAGCCAUCUCAACUCGAAGCCAACACAACGAAAAUUACCAGAUGGAAUCUGGUGACGCAAAAAACUCAACAAUUCUGGUCCAGAUGGUCCAGAGAAUGUCUUCAACGUUACCACUCAACGUAUAAAUGGAAUCAACGUCAACGGAACAUCAACGAAGGAGACAUGGUCCUGAUGAUCGACGAUGAUCAACCUCCAGCACAUUGGCCUCUGGCGAGAGUUACUGCUGUAAGGCCAGGGGCUGAUGGACUCGUAAGAGUGGCUGAAUUAAUCACAGCAAGAGCAGAAAUCCCAACGAAUCGUGACGGAGAGCCAGAGCCACAAAAUGCUCGAGUGCAACGUCUCACCUUCACCAGACCAAUAGCAAAACUCUGCUUGCUACCAACGGAUCCACCACCAGAAAAUCAACAAGAAGACAUCAACGAAGACCAACCAGAGGACAACUAG